CGCAGUAUGUCAAUUUUUAAUAUUCGUACGAAGUAAUUUAAGAUAUAUAAGUAUUAAUUUCUUAAUUUCAAUCUUAGUCAUAUAUUUUUUCACGUAUAUUAUCGCGUAUCUAAGUAAAAGAAACAUGUCAUUGCAAGAUAAACGUUCAGAAAUUACAGUACAUACAGAAGAACCAUCUAUUUUAUCAUACGAUGCAAACGAGCGGAAGUUGGCACGCAGACUUCGUAUACAACGACGUAUACAAGCACGAGAUAAACAGAUAAAAGAUCAAGAUGAAGAAAUCGAGGAAAUAACUCCUAUCGAGAAGCAAAUAUUCGAUAGCAUAGAAGCCUUGGACAAAUUAGCCGCAGAAAGCGAUGAAGUGGUUACAGGCAUCAGAGUGGCGAAUGACGCGAAGGAACUGCAAAGACGAAAAGAGAUGCGAGAGAAGAGAGAAAGAUUAUUGGAGGUACUCGAAGAGGAAGAUAAAAAAUGCACGGAGAAAUAUCGCGAGAUCACGGAAAAAUGGCCUGUUAUACUUGCAUCGAAACAUCCGCUGGAUAUUCACGAAGAGUUGGAGAGUCAAAAUGCCAAGUGUCUCGAAAUCUUAGAGAAGAAGGACGCGUUGAUCGCGGAAUUGAAACAAGAACUUGAUAACGCUGAUCUACAGUACGCCGAGGAUGUAAAUAAACAGAACGAGGAGAUUGAUUUGCUUAUCGAAAGGAUGGAAAACCAAAUACGAAUAAUGAGCAAAGCUUAUCGCCGAGAGGUAGAAUUGAUCGAAAGUGUCAUCGAAAUGGAACGGAAAAUACUUUUGGAAUCUUCUUUGGAAAAAUGGAAUGUACUAUUUAAGCAGCUCAAGGACGAUACAUUCAACGCGAGAAAAAAAAGGAAGGAAAUAAUGCGCGAGUACGAAGAAGAAAUGCGGAAAGCGAUGAUACAGCAUCAAGAAGAGUUUAGGAAACAGAAGAUUAUGUUUGAGUUAGAGAUACAGAAUCUUCAACAGGAGAUACAGAAUAUGAAAGCCUUCUGUAUGAUGAAUAUCGAAAAAUUGGAUUAUAAUUAUGCGGUGCUGAAACGGCGAGACGAAGAGAAUACUAUCGUGAAGAAUCAACAGAAAAGAAAAAUUAACAAGCUUCAGGAUGUUAUUAAUAAUUUAAGGAAGACUUACACAGCACUGGAAGAGUCGACAAGGGCGGAAAUUCAAAAGAUCACGAAUCAAAUACUAAAGUCGCAUACAGCUAUAAUAGACUUGGAAGAAAAGUCGAACCACCUCACAGUCGUCAACGAUAAAAAGUAUAUGCAAAUUUGGGACAUGAAUAUCGAAACUGCGAACGAAUUAGUUGAUAAGAUUUUAACGGCAGAUAGAAUUAUACACGAACAAUUGUUAAUAAUGGACUGGCAACCACCGGAGGUAAAGUUAUUGAAAAAGGAAGAAUUACCGUCGUACUGCGGAGCGAUGUGCGCCUUGAAAGCAGAACAAGAGGAAGCCAAAAAACGAAAAACAAUAUCUAAAUCAUAUAAACCGGUGACUACCAUAGAAGAAAUUAAUUUAGAACGACGCUUAUUAAAUCAUAUUCUUAAACUAAUUUCCGAACACUGUGAUUACCUUAUCGAAGACACUUUGAAGAAUUUACUUUCCGAUUACACAGAAGAGGAUAAGCUGCUGAUUCGAUUGGACAAAGCAUUUGAGGCUCUAAAAAUUACAGCCGAAGAAGAACUUCAAUUUUUAUUGAAUUUUUUCUUACCGUAUGCAUAUUGUCCCACGUGUACGGUUAAAACUGUAAGCACAUCAAGUGUUUGUGGACAGUCUGCAGAAAUUACGGAAAGUUCUUCGUCUCUAACCACUAUUUCUGAUGUUUGUGGCAGCGAUACACUUAAUACGGAAGAAGCUAAGUUAGUGGCAGCUAUGGAAGAAGUACUUUGUUGUGAAAAACUACACGAUGAUGGUCAUGAAAGUGACAUUGUUAUGAGUAGAAGCGUUCCUUCGACCGAAACACCGCCUGUUAAUACAGAAGUUGUAUCGACUUGUGUAUCUGAAGGCAUUGUCGAAGUUAUUGACACAGAUGGCGAACCAAAACGAUCAUUAACCUGCGAUAAAGGUCAUUUGUUGACAAUUGAAACUGAAUUUGUCUCAAGUGCGUUAAAAGAAUUUGUGGAAAGAUACGAGUUCGUUAAAAAAGAGGUAUCACUUGAUAAAAAAGUAAUUAAAGAGAAAGUCACGAUAUCACGUAAUAUAACGGACGACGAUAUAACUGAUUUUUGGGAACGAUAUAGGAAUAUUUUUCCGAAAGAUAAAGAAAGACUAUGGGAUAAUCUAUUGAUUGGUCUUAAAAAGUAUUAUGAAGUGCUAAAGGAAAGACAUCAAUUAAAUGCUGAGACGCAAUCGUUACGAAAACAGAAUGCAGAAAUGCGUCGUUUAUUAAGCAAGUAUACCACACAGUUGCAGAUGCCACUGAACUGCCAACAUCUUUGUCAGUCCACCCACCUAAGCAUCAAUGUGCGAUCAACACUAUCUAUGUAUCACAACCGCUGAAGCGGUUAUAUGUGAUAAUAAAUCAGCUUGAACACUACAUUCAUGCCAUAGAAAAAGCAACCAUUAAUACAAACAUUAUUAACAAAAGACCACCAUAAGAUUUUAAUGAUGUAUAUAUGUGUGUGUAUAGCGAAUUUUACCUUUUCAAAAUAAAAGAAUGUAUUUAUAAUA